AUGCCUUGCCUUGCCACACACGAGCCACUCGUUUCCUCCACCUCGCACUGCCUGCUUCUGAAAGCUGCUAAAAUCGCUGCCUUCCUUUCAACAACCCCACUGCCUGCACUCUGCCUACUUUCCCUCCCAGCACGCACAAUGCACUUCGUGGAGAACGGCAAGGUGGUGGCGGCCAACUUCCCGUUCUGCACCAUCGAGCCCAACGUGGGCGUGGUGGCCGUGCCCGACCCGCGCCUGGGCGUGCUCUCUGACCUCACCUCAUCAAAGCGCACGCUGCCUGCCACGGUGGAGUUCGUUGACAUCGCCGGACUCGUCAAGGGCGCCAGCCAGGGCGAGGUGGGGCGAGGGGAUGAGGGGGGGGGAGAGGGGACAGGCAGGGCGAGGUGGGGGGUGGGGGGAAUGAGGGGACUCUGUCGCAUGGUUGGUGGUGGGAGGGAGGGUAGCAGAGGGGGUGCAUCAUUCCACCGAGGAGGUGGAGGCGGGGGCGUUGGAGCGCAUAAGGGAGGCGCUGCUGGCGGGGGGGGCGGCGCGCAGCGUGGAGCUGAGCGAGGAGGAGGCGGCAGUGGUGGCGCAGCUGUGCCUGCUCACGGCCAAGCCCAUCAUCUACGCCGCCAACGCCGCUGA